AUGGAGGACAAAAAAAAGCGAAUGAGAAUGGCAAGUGGCGAGGGGGAAUAUGUCACUAAAAUUGAAUUUUUUCAAGAAUUAAAAGAAAUACGAAAUCUUGUAAAAGAUGAGUAUUCUCAAAUAAAAAAAGACAUUAAAGAAGUAAAAAAAGCCGUUAUCACGCCAAAUCAAAAAGCAGAUGCUAAAAUAACUGAACUAGAAGUCCAAAAAGAUAAAUUGACCGCUCAAUUAAAUGAUGAGGGAGAUGAGAUUUAUUUUCCCGAUAUCGACGAAGUUUUAGGAAUUGAAAAACCUUUAAAAAAACAUAAGCCUGCCCAUAUUCAUGUCCGGGGAACCAAAUAUGGUAAAAUCCAAUUUUGGUUAGAGAAAACUGAUGCAAAAUCCAAAGACGAAGUAAAAGUUAAAAAAAUUAAAGGCCGAGUAUCUGAGGAAGAGCAAAAUGAG